UUGUGAACGGCCGCUGGAUCAAGUCUCAGAAGAUGGUCCAGUUUCCCAGAGAGAGGUUUGACCCUAGUGUUUACCUGGCUCCCCGGGAGGCGGGGCUUAACGGGCUACACGGUCUGCAGAGCCGCAGCGAGGGGGAGGAGCUGCUGAGGAUAGGAGGAGGAGAAACGGUCUCCUCCAUCUCCGCCCCUACUGGGUUCCUCAACAUCCUCAAAGCCUCUCCAGCGUCAGGCAGGAAGUCAGCCCCUCCCUCCUUCAUCAGCCGUACCAGCAGCCCCUGCAGCAGCCCCAAGUCAGGAGGAGGCGGUCCAGGGGGCACGGACCCGCCUCAGGAUCCCCCAGCUGGCCAGCCGACACCGCCUCUCCAACAGCAAGUAGAACCUGGAGGGUAGUACCAGGGAGAGGGGCAGCAGCGGCCCUGACACAGAGCCCAGGGAGGGAGCACCGCAGGCGGACACGGAGGGUGGGCUCUUGGGGGUGAUGAGUGGAGGUUUUGGAGAGGUGGGGGUGGGGAGCGGGCCAGAGAUGUCCACCACAGAUGCGUCCAGCAGCCUCAGUAAUGUCACCGUGAUGAACGGGGACAGUGGUGGCCGUAGCAACGAGGUACUAAGCACGGAGGCCAGCACGGAGGCCAGCACGGAGGCCAGCACGGAGGCCAGUACGGAGCCCAGCAUGGACCUAGAGACCACUGCAACAGCCCAGCUGCACCAAAGAGACUACAGCCUGGAGAGCAUCUACAAUUUAUAUGCUAUUUCAUGCCAUUCAGGUAUCAUGGGAGGAGGACACUAUGUGACCUAUGCCAAAAACCCCAACAACAAAUGGUACUGUUACAACGACAGCAGCUGUAAGGAAGUGCACUCAGAGGAGAUGGACACGGACUCUGCCUACAUCCUGUUCUAUGAGCAGAAGGGAGUGGACUUCUCUCAGUUCCUGCCAAAGACUGACGGCAAGAAGAUGGCCRACACCACGAGCAUGGACGAGGAUUUUGAGUCUGACUACAAGAAGUACUGUGUCCUUCAGUGAUCAGGAUCACACUGUCUUCCACCUACCUACCGCUCGAGCGUCAACUCUAUGCCUGGAACUCUGGACAGACGGACUCAGUCAGCCACGUACGGAAAAGGACACGGGGCUUCUUCAGCCAGUCUCAACUGGGCGCCAGGAAGCACAAAAUGGUGUCUUUUGGCCGAGUCAUCACAAACUGAACCACUUGAAUUCCGGACCGGUUGUCAUGGAUACCGGAAGAUAUCCCCCUUGUUGUUUUGUCAAGAGAACAACAUUGAAGCACCAUUUUUUUUAAAGCACUAAGCUGUUGCACAUUGAGCCUGAGGAAACCCACCCUCUCGUGUGUGUGUGUGUGUGUGUGUGUGUGUGUGUGUCAGCACAUAAGCUGACAUUACUUCCUUGUUAUGCAUAUUUGUCCCCUGCAGCCAAUCAAUACAUGUCCACACACCUACAUAAUGUCUGUCUCUAUAACUCACUAUAGUGAAACGGUAAUGCAGAGAUUAUACUGUAUUAUUUUAUCGAUUUAAAAAGGGGUUCUCAUUUUCCUUCUUCAGUAACGAUACUGUCAUUUUUUUUUAAAAACAACUCAUAAUGCUACCUCACUGCAUUUCAUUGGCCAAUUGGAACGGUCCAAUAUUUCUGACAGUAUUUAAACCUCACCCACUUCCUCCUUUUGAUGUCCACACACACACACACACACACACACACACACACACACACACACACUUUGAAAAAUAAUAAUCACCCUUUAUGAAGAAAGAUUCCACAAAAUGGAGGGGUUUGACCUUUAUUUGGUCCCUUGCCAAGCAACUGCCGAAAACAAAACUGUGCAAUUGCUGCUCGAUGUACCCACAACAUCGAGUGACUUUUUAAGGGCGUUCAUUGUAGUCCUGUUAACUCACAAGCUUGAGUUUAAAUCUUGGUUAUGUUGUGGACAGGUGCCAUAGAGGAUGUUUCAAAGAUAAUAUAUCAAUACAUAUUUGUAUUGGUUUCUCUUUCUCCAAAUACUUAUUUUAUAGAGUUAUUUUUAUCAUUGCAAUUUUUUUUGUAUGUACAUUUUGGUUAAUUGAAGGGUUGUUCUCAUCUCUUGUUUGUCCACUGUACAUCUCGUCUCUGUUUGUCCACUGUACGUCUCGUCUCUGUUUGUCCACUGUACGUCUCGUCUCUGUUUGUCCACUGUACGUCUCGUCUCUGUUUGUCCACUGUACGU